UCAGGGGAGACGGGACAACAUGGCGGUGGAUGUCAGUCGGGCGCUGCGCGGCGUCUCUGUCAAUAUCAAAGCUGCGGUGGCCCGGAGGGAGGGGAGCCUCCCGGCUCUGACCCCGCGGCUGGUGGCUGUGAGCAAGACCAAACCCCCGGCCAUGGUGAUGGAGGCUUAUUGCCAUGGUCAGCGGCACUUUGGGGAAAACUACGUACAAGAGCUGGUGACGAAGGCAUCCAACACUCAGAUUCUCUCCGAUUGCCCAGAGAUCAAGUGGCAUUUCGUCGGCCACCUGCAGAAGAGCAACGUGAGCAAACUGAUGGGCACCCCAAACCUAUUCAUGAUCGAGACGAUCGACUCCAUCAAAUUGGCUGACAAGGUGAACCUUACCUGGCAGAAGAAAAAGGCUUCCGAGAGGUUGAAGGUCAUGGUUCAAGUGAACACAAGUGGGGAAGAGAGCAAAUUCGGGCUCCCUCCUGAGGAAACGGUGGAGGUGGUGAGCCACAUCCUCACUAAGUGUCUCAGCCUGGAAUUCACUGGCCUGAUGACCAUCGGAAGAUAUGGUUACGAUCUCAGUCAAGGACCCAAUCCAGACUUCCAGAAGCUGUCUGGGCAUCGGAAGGAAGUGUGUGCCAAGUUAGACCUUCCCCUGGACAAGGUGGAGCUGAGUAUGGGGAUGUCAACUGACUAUGCGCAUGCUAUUGAAGUCGGAGCCACUAGCGUGCGGGUCGGGAGCAUCAUAUUUGGCGAGAGGGAGUACCCCAAUACACCCAAGUCAAGCCAGAGCACCCAGGGGGUGGAAGAAGCCAAGGAGAAAAUGGAGGGGCUCACUGUGUCAGCAAACUGAUUAGGACGUCUGAUUGGGAGAGUCUUACUUACUUACCCCAUCUCCCACCCCUCCAAUUGUAGUUGAUUCAUGGCAACCACUUCAGAAUUAAUCAACGAUUGAUCCAUGCGCGGCAAGUGCCCUCUUUACAAUCUAUUGCCUUGCACGUGAACUACUACUGUAUGUAAUGUGUGUUUCAGCCACGUGCAUGCAGUUGUGGCUUUAAUGUAAUCACAAUAUGGGGGAAGCCAAUCCACUUUUAGUUCCUAUGGUCACGGAGUCAUCUGUCGGAUAGAACGUUAAAUUGCAGGCCUUCACAUCCCUGCUUACUUGUAAGCUCUCCGGGAUGCUACCCCACGUGAAGGGCGCUAAGUUGUUGUUCAAUCUGCAGUAGAAAAUCAAGAUCACUUUGAAGAAAACCUUCCUGGUUUCUCUUUCAACGUUACAUUCAGGACAUUGGAAGAGAACUUAGUUCUGUUAACCGUUGCUGCUUAUAGAACCGCUCAACAGACCCUUAAAGAAAAUUGGAUUUGGUGCUUUGACCCGUGAGUGUUUUAUUAACUUAACGAGUGUGCGGUAAUCAGCCCCAUGGAACUGUUUGAUCGCUGUCUGGUGACUAGCCAUUGUAGGAGUCGCUCAGCAAACUGCAGUCGCACCUCAAGGCAACCACUCUUUGAUUUGAUGACUUUGACCCACGUCAAUGAUGACCAAUGAAUGCCAAGUUGACACUUGUAAAUCUGUGAACAAGUGUGUAAGACGCUUCUCUCCCCCACCCGUCCUCCCCGCACGUCAGCCCUGAGCUUGCAUUCCUACUCUCAACGACGUGAUAAGGCAUUGUAUGAAGCGCAAGGAUUAUUAUUAUUAUUACUCGCAGAAAAGAUGGGAAGAAAUGGCAUCAACCUGCUCGUGUGCUGGUUGGAGCCUCAGCACCGUUGGCUUCACAGCAGCAAUGAACCAAGCAGAGAGCAGAUAAGGCAAGGAAAUGUUGUUGAACAGAUACUAGUGGAGUGUUUGCGUCCAUGUUUGGUGACUUAAUCCACAGUCACUCCGCUUUACAGUAUAUCUUGUGAAGCACUUUGAGACGUCUCGAGGAUGUGAUAAGGUACUGUAUCAAAUGCAAGGAUUAUUAUUAUUAAACCCACAUGUAGAUGCCUGAGCGAAGUUCAUGCUUGUUAAUCUGCUAAUUGAGUGUGCAAGACACAAGGCACGUCUCAAGAUCCUCCUCUUCGAUCGCGCCUUUGGCUACUCCCCCCACUGCCUUCCACCCUCCCUGAUCCCAGCAACAUCCUUGGUAAUCCUAGCAACACCGCACAUACCUGAGCUGCGGGAUUCGAUGGUGAAUUUGCCCCCGGCCCCACUCCAAAGGAAAUCCUGGUUGUGUUUUAAUCGGUUAAUAAAAUGGGGUUUAUUAA